AUGUCGGGAAUAAAGCCCCCAUCGAAAAUUAGGCCACCGAAAGUCGCCGUCGGUGUGAGAGUAAUAGCGGGCGGCAAGCCUGGAAUUGUUGCGUUCAUUGGAGAGACGGAAUUUGCGUCGGGAGUUUGGGCAGGAGUUGUGCUUGAUGAACCCAUUGGCAAAAAUGAUGGCUCGAUCAAAGGCAAGCGCUACUUCCAAACGAGCGAAAACCGCGGAAUCUUUAUCCGUCCAGAAAAACUCGAAAUGGACAAGUCUCGAACAGCCACGCCAACCACUCCCGCCACCCCUUCUCCAAAGCUCAAGCCGCGGGUCUCCGCCGAAUCUCCAUCAGAAGCAGAAGCGCUGAAAGUCGGCGAUCUUAUUUUAUACAGCGGAAAGUCCGGUACUGUCCGUUUCAUGGGCAGAACCGAAUUCAAAGAAGGCAUUUGGGUUGGAAUCGAGCUCAACGAACCAAGCGGCAAAAAUGACGGAAGCGUGCAAGGAGUGAGCUACUUUAAAUGCCCUCCGAAAUUUGGACUUUUUGCUCCUCCCCACAAAGUAACAAAGCUAAAGGGUGGUCGAGCAAAAGGACCAGGAUCUGUGGCAAACCGAUCUGUAAGAGCUCGAUCUCCUGCAGGGUCAGUAUCCUCCUUCGGCUCCGUCGCUUCAACCAACUCCGUGGCUAUGGCUCGAUCGGAAGCAGCUUACGAAGAGAGAAUGAGGGCCAGAGCUCUACAGUGCAAUUCCAAGGAGUUCAAAGCGAUCAUGGACGAAAAAGAGAAACAAGUUGCGAGCAUGCUUCAGGAGCGGGAAUUGGACAGAGAUGAAAUUGUCAAGAUCUCCGGACAAGUUUUAGAUCUUACAAAUCAGCUGGAAGCCACCCGCGCAGAGCUUGAAUCGACUCGCCAACAGCUUGUUGAAUCCGAAUCGAAGCGAAAAAGCACAUCGAAAACGGAUGAUGACGAUCUGGAAGACUUUGGCGAUGAUGCUGAAGGCGGAAAUGAGAUGCUUCUCGGAGAAAUAGAAGACCUGAAGCAGCAGCUUCAGGAUCUUGAAGAAGAGCGAGAGUUCUCGAAGCACGAAUGGGAGGGAAUCCUAGCGGCAGAGCAGGAGAAGAAUGAGAAACUUCAAAAGCAACUGGCGGAAAAUUCAAACAGUAGUCAGGCUGGUCUUGACGACAUUAAAUCCCUCUGCGAAGAGCUCAAAGCCAAACUUGAAGUGAAAACAAAAGCAGUGGAACAACUCGAAGCCGAGCUUGAUGAAGAAAAAGAGCUUCGACAAACAACAGAGUUGGAGAAAGAAGAGUUCGUCGUGAAAAUCCAAGAGCUUGACAGCAACAUAGAGGAUUUGAAGGGCAAGAUUCAAAGCUCUGCAGAAGGCCAGAGCGAAGAAGUCACGCAAACACUCGCUCAACUCGAUGAAAAGAAAGAACAAGUUGAAGAUCUCGAGUUUCAACUUGAAGAGGCAAAGUUAUCCGUCAAAACUCUUUCGACCCAGAUAACCGAUGCAACACAGCGAUACGAGUCUGAGAAGCUCACUCUGUCCGAGGAGCUCUCAAAGGCGAAAAAUGAACUGGACGAGAGCAAAAAGACUGCGGCCGAUUUGGCAACAAGGCUGGAGAAAAUGGUGGAUGAGUGUGGAGCGCUCCAGUCGGCGAAAGAAGAACUGGGCAAGAAAAGCGAGGAAUCCGCGGGCCAGAUUCAAGGAGAGCUCAAACUUGCGAAGGAAAAAGCGGAAAAUGCGGAGCGACAGCUGGAGCUUGCACAUGAGCAGAUUUCCACGCUGAGGGAAGAGAAUGAAGCUUCCAAAGAUGAGGCCGCUCGAUUGGAGGGAGAAAAGAAUGCGACGGAGAAACAAUUCUCCGAGUUCAAAAAUUCAACCUCCGAGGCAGAGAAAACAUCGAAAACUGCCCUUGAGAACAUCCAAAAAGAGCUCGCCGAGAUCGUCUCUCAAAACGAAGUGCUUGCAUGUGACCUUGCUGCUGAAAAGAAACGCGCAGCGGAAAUUGAAGCUCUAGGAAACUCCAGUGCCAGUUCUCUCGCUGAAGAAAAAGCUGCUCUAACGAAGUCCUUGUCUGAAAGUGAAACGAAGCUGAACGAGUUAAUCAGCUCUUUUGACAUCAUCUCGUCUGAAAAUAAUGAAAAAUCAACAGAAAUACAGUCAUUAUCAGAGAAAAUCGGCAAACUUGAGUCAGAAAGAUCCGAGCUUCAGCAGAAAUUUGAGUCUGUUGAGAAGGAUCUUGAAGAGGCGAAAAAGUCCAUUGUGAAUAGAUCUGCCGAGCUAGAAAAGGUCACAAAUGAUCAUUUGGGCGCUGAAAAACAGCUUGCUGAGCUUCGAGAGUCCUCAGAAUCGGCGCAAAGAGAAAAGGACGAGUCUAUCAAAAAUCUGACAGAAGAGCUUGAAAAACACUCAGGUUCUCUGCAGCAAUUGUCAUCACAAAAUGAAGCUCUUACAGAAGAGCUCAAGAAAAGAGAUGAUGAAAUUUCUGAGCGCGACUCGAAGAUCUCUUCUCUUGAAUGCACCUUGUCCGAGAAAACCUCCGAGAUUCAAACUGCGCUUGACAGAGCCAAGGAGUGGGAAAGCCAACUCAACGAUAUCAAGGAAUCAUCAUCGAAAUCGUCCACCGAACUAGAAGUUCAAGUUCAAAGUCUCUCCGAGGAGCUCCGACAAAGAUCAAACGAUCUGGAGAAGAAGACUAACGAAGUUUCGUCCCUCUCCGAAGAAAUCGAAAAAGAGCGUGUGCUUUUGAAAGAGUCAGAAGGGAACGCGAUCGAAAUGGCGAAAUCUCUCAAUGAAAAGACCCAACAAGCGAUUAUUGCCGAAGAAAGCUGCAAAAAACUCGAAGCUGAGAUAAUUUCACUAAAGGAGCUUUCCGAAAAAUCUUCGGCUGAUGCUUCCGAAGAAAUGAAGACUCUUGUAGAGAAAUUGAAGCAAGCCGAAGACAAAGCCGAAAAUGCCGAAAAAGAGCUCUCUUCUAUGUCUUCAAAGUACCAAACUGCUUCAAAAGAUCUCGAGGAAAAAUCGUCCUUGCUAUCAACAACUGAAGUUGAUAAAGAACAAUUGUCGACUGAGCUUGAAACUGUUCGAAAAGAGCUUGAAGCAUUGAAAACCGAACUAUCCAGCGCUACUGGUUCUUCGGAAGAAAAACAUAAGGAGCUGGAGAAACUGAGAACGGAGUUGAGCGAACAAACAGAGAAAUUUGCCGCCCUUGAAGCCGAUCAUCAGAAAAUGGUCGCUGAGAAAGCAAGCAAUGAGAAACUGUUGGAAGAAAAACAAUCCGAGCUUCUUUCUGAAACUGAAAAACUCACUACUGCGAAUCAAGAGCUCGAUGUUUCUUCGGACAAAAUCGUUUCUCUUGAGAAACAACUGUCAGAGCUCAAAGAAAUGUCUUCAAAAUCAUCUGGUGAGCUUGAAGCAAAAACCGCAGAACUUCUGUCUCAAAUUGCGACUCUGACCUCGGAAAAGCAAGAAGAGGCUUCAAAACGCGCGGAGCUUGAGGAACAGCUGAAAUCGACGCAAGUUGAAAUCAGCGAAGGAUCUGAAAUCAUGGCGGCUUCUGUGAAAGAAAUCGAAAUGUUGAAGGAAAAGACUGAAGCUCUCAAUCGCGAGCUCGCCGAUGCAAAAGCUGAAAAUGUCGAAAAAGACAGUCAGCACAAAGAAGCAUCCGAAACGAUUUAUAAUUUGUCAAAGGAACUCAGUGAUCUUCAGGUAAAGUUCGGCGAAGAAACCAACGAAACGAAUAAGCUCCUAUCGAAGGAGAAAAACAAAGCCUUGGAGGAUCUCAAUUCGAAAAUCGAAGAGAUCAAGUCCAAGGACGACGAAAUCGCUUCAUUGAAACAAUCAAACGAGCAGAUUUCAAAAGAAAACGCCGAAAAAGUCAGCCAAUAUGGAAAAAACAUCUCUGAACUAUCCAGCCAAAUCGAACAGCUGGAAAGAUUCCUCAUUGAAAAGGACAAGGAGAUCGAAACGCUAAGAAGUUCGCAGAGCAGUAAAUCGGCCGAGCUAGACGACAUCCUUGUAGAAAAAAAUAAGUGCAUUACGGAAAUGUCCGAAAAAAUUGACGCCGAAAUUCAUUCAAAAGACCAAGCUAUCAAAGCGCAAGAAAAAACUAUGCAAAAAUACGAAGACCUAAAAGCAACCCUAUCAGACGAAAAGUCCAAGGCCGAGGCUGUCAAAGAGCUCAAUCUCAAGAUGGAGGAGGAAAUUAAGGAGAAAAAUGUCAAGCUUCAAGAGUUUACUGUCCAAAUAUCGUCAUUACAAAAUGAGAUUUUGGAAAAAGAAUCUGAGGUGCUAGAAGUUAACGAGAAACUCGCGAAAAAGCGAAAGCGAGCUGAUUUGGCAGACACUUUGGAGUUAGAGAAUCAGACGCUUCAAAUGCGUAUUUCAGAGCUUGAAAAAAGCCCGAUAUCAAACGGAGUCGUUAGCAUCACAAAUGUCAACGGAUCUGGAGACGAUAAUUCAGCCGUGCAAACUGAAUUCUUGAACUCAAUCAUUGCAGGGCAACAAAAAGACAUCUCUAAGCUUCACGAGCGAAUUCAAGAGCUCGAAGCGAUGUUGGUGGAUGAUCCUGCGCCCUCCCCUCCUCCAGGCAAUCAGCUCAUGCCCAAUCUUCCCAUGGGUAUUGGUGGCAAUCAUAGAGACCUCGAUCCUGAGGCAGGACACGAUUCGACCCUAUUCUUUGACACCACCGUAUCCUCUCUGACAAAGAAACCUACAAGAUCGUACUGCGAUAUUUGUGAGGAAUUUGACAAGCACGAAACAGAGGACUGCCCAACCCAGAACGACGCUGGAGAUAACUACACCGUCAAAAACACAGCCCCUGCUUGGGACGAUGACGAUGAUGAAACUUUCUAG